GGCGUCCUCCUUUGUUCACUUGUAUGAUAAAGCAUUCACAAAGGGUUGGUAAAACCUUUUCUUGGUUAUCUCUUAGGAAACACUGGGACUUUUAUUUCUCUAGACUAUCAACCACUUAUUCGUUUACCUUGAAGAAUGAGACAAAGAAUAACUCCGUGAUACGUGUAGCUGAAGAAUAUAUGCAGUGUCUUACAGAACGUGCACGAACUCCAAAAACUUUAGUUAGUUUAUCUCAACAGAACAAAACGCAACUAGAUAGUCGCGAACUAUGGAUUCGUGGGAAACAAGCUUGGCUUCACGCUAAACUGAAAGAGUUUCUGCAGUCAGUGACAGUGGACACACAAAAGUACCAAAAGAAGAAAAAGAAGCUAUGUUAUGCUAUUAUUGAUAAAUUAGGUUGGACUUUUGCGGAUACUUUAUUAUCUUUCAAUUGGCAAGAAAGGAGAAAUAUAACAGCUUUGAUUUUGGCGGAUUUUCCAGUGAACAACAUCGCUACAAAGGAAAAUGGAGACUAUCUUUUACAAGGUAUACAAGAAGAAGAUGCUGUUCGGAAGGAAUCUCUUGUCACAGAUAGUUUACAAGCAGGUUGGUCGGAUGAUAUUGUUUCCUUUCGACAGCCAUUACAAGAUACAGCUGAAGUGGAGCCUUUGUCAUACACCGAUAUGCAUGAUUCCCAAAAAGGAGAAGGAAAUAAGGCUACUGCUAUGCGCUCUUUUGAUCGUGAUUGGCAAUUUUAUGAUAUUUUCCUAUCCGGAAUAGCUAGUCAUCCAGCAGGAUUGGAAGUGGCUUGCGAGUGGAGAAGAACUCUUCAUGAUCUUUGUCUUCCUGUCAAUGCAGUUGGAGUAGCUGACUAUUUUGGCAAUCAAGCGAUAGAUACAAAAGCUAUCAUCUUGAGUGCACAGAUAUGUUUGAGUUUCUUAAUGCGCCAUAUAGAAAUAUAUUUUCGUCAGUGUUUCUUAUGUAUAGAAACAGUGGAUGCUGUCAAUAUGAAUACUUUUACUCGCAGUUAUAGAAGUUGUCUAUUACGUGCUUCAGUAUUGCCAUCUGUUCCAGAAGUUGACUUUUUGAAAAGAAUUCAGAGACCUGGAAGAAAAGUAUUUGUUCUAGUUCAUCAAUCUGCUCUCGAUUAUCCUUUAGCUUUUGCAGAGUUGGCGCUGACUAGACAACUUCCCAAUACUCUCGAUGAGCUAAUUCAAUUGGAAUUGAACUGGUCAGAUCUGGAAAGUGGAAGUCUUCAAGAGCCUUUCUUUGUUGUUUUAUUGGAAUGUUUUCCUACUGGAAGAGCUUCCAAAAUGGGACUUACCAAAACGAUGAUCGAUAUGUUACUUCAAAAGCUAAAACGUCAGUAUUCCAUGUCUAUCAAGACUAUUUACACACUAAGUCAUAUAAGAGGAUUGCUUCCUUGGAUGAAAAAGCAAGUAGAAAGACACAAAGCCACACAUAACAGUCAAGGCACAUCUUUAUUGAAGAGUGCAGCGAAUGUAUUGUCUCAAGUAUUGCUAGCCAAUGGAAGACCCAAAUCGAUUGAACAAUUGAACAGGCCAUUAUUAGAAGAGAACAAACAAGCUCUGUUGGCAAUUUGUGCACAUUAUUUGAUAAGAGUUAGAAGAAAUGGUGGAUUACCAGCUGACUCUUGUACUGCAUUACAUCUUUCAAAUGGAGCAAGAUUGACCGAUAUUUGUUGGUAUAGUGAUAACUCUACAAGUUCAGUGGGUCAUAGUGCUUUAAUGAUGAGUCGCUUUUGUUAUCAUUUGGAUAGCAAACAAUACUAUGCUUAUUAUUUUGCUUCCCGCAAUUUUGUCAAUACGAGUGAUGAGGUUCAAUAUUGGUUGAAUCAGUUUAAGUUGUUAUCAACAACAGAUGAGUUUGAUAAUAGGGUAUGAUAUUGUUCAACUAUUCCUCUUUAUCACUUUGCUAUAAAAACUGGUACCCAGUUCCCUAUUCAAUAUAUCCAUACAUUUAUCCAUACAAACAAAAGGACUCUUCAUCCUAUUAUUUAAA